CCAUGUUUGUAGAAAGUGCAUGUUUGAGACGAAAAAUUCAUGGUUAAGCGAACACAUUGAUGGCAUUUUGUCGGCGAAAGAGGUUUAAUAUCGUCUUACUAAAUUCAAGGAACUAAUUCUCGCCAUAAGUGUUAGGAUUUGCUUAUAUAAAAGUGUCGGGUUGCUAUUUUAGGCAUAAAUGUAUGCGUAGACGUGUAUAAAUGAUAUUUGGAAUAUAGUUCCGUGCUGAAAAAAGUCGAUAGUGUACAAAUUGUCUUGGCCCAAAGGUAGAUGCUGUAAUAUCGACGAUUGUAUUUAGUUUGUUUAAAUUGGAAACCUUAUAUUUGGUAAAUAUUGUAUUACAUAUACCUUUUUGAACGGUGUUUAUCGUCACCCGUUUAACUUUGUCUUUGGGAGUUUCUCUACAGACUACAGUAUAAAACCUUGUGUUAUACUGGACUGGUGAAUAUAUUUAUUGUAUUUACCACGUAUAUUAAACUGGUACUAUAGAUAUUAGUUAAAUUCACCACGUUUAAUAUAGUGAAACUUGAAAAUAAAUUUGAAUUUAAAUUUUGAGAUUUAGCAGUUUGUAUUAUAUACUCAUUCGACGAUUAUUUGACGCUAAAGUUAAACCUUGUAACUUUAAUUAUUAGCGAAGGACGAGUCUAUAGAGUAUAGAAUAUUGGCUGUAUAGUCUCUAGGUCACUAUACUCGGAGACUUUUAAGACGGUGUUUAAUAUUUUUAAUGUCAAUAUAGACAGACGAGUAUUUAAAGCUAAACAUAAAAUUUGGCUUUGGUAAAACCGUAUAGCCAAAUAGAUAUCGACCUUUUGAGUUUUGGUUAACUUAACCCGAGGAACUGAAUCUGAAUAUCCCCCAGUUAAAGUCGGUAUCGAGUCGUUUACUGCAGUCUGCCAGUAAUAUCAGCCUGUCGUUUGCAAGUGUAGUGGGUCAUCAUGUUUAUGCGUUCUGGGCGGAAGUUGGACAAGACUUUAACGAGUUUGUUUAAGUUUGACAAGAACACAUCGGCAACUCUUGAUCGUUUGGUCGCAGAAAUACACCAGAAUAAGGAAUUAUGCAGUUAUCAAUUUUUGAACCAUCCCGGGUCGCAAGAUAUGCUGACUGGUAUAUUGAAGCUCGUCCACUCAGAGGACAGAAGGUAUGUUAAUUUGGUUUACUGAUGUACAUGUGCUUGCUUACAUUUGUAUAGCCUAGUAUAGGUAAUAGUAUGGUUUCGAGAGCAAUUUGGAAAAAUAUGCACGAGUGAGUUUUUCAAAGACUACCAACAUUGAAGUCUUUGAAGUCUUUGAAAAACUCGCGAGUCCAAUUUGAAGUCCAAUUUGAACUUAAAUUUUGAAGUCUUUGCAAAACUCGCGAGUGUAUGUUUUUUCAAAUUGCACGAACUGAAACCAUACAAUUACUUAUUAAUAAUAUACAUGAAAAAAGUAUGCAGUCACUCCUAAGAACUCCGAAAUGUUUGGGUUUUUUGGUAUUAUUUCUGUUGCAAAUUGCUGUAUAUUAUUGGCUGCCUUUGUUAUUGUUUCAAUCCUAAAUAGUCGAUGAAAUUUGCACUGUAUUUUGAAAAAAUUACACUGCUCUUUAGCUAACUGCUCUUAGACUCGCCUAAUCAGAAUACAGCCUUUCGAUAAUUACGCCACUUGGCCUUGGAGCCUCGCUCUCAUGAAUCGUGAGCCAAUCACCUUACGUAAUUUACUAAUGAGAGCGAGGCUCCAAUACCAAAAAGUAUGUGUAACGUAAUUAUCGAAAGGUUUCGAAAGGGUGUAUAUACAUAUCAUAAUAAUAAUAAAAUUUGUAUAGCGGAUAUAUGUUACUGUUCUAGGCGCUUUAUAUGCUAAUAUUAUAUAAUAUUUUACCUAUCCUUCGUAUAUUAGAAUUUGUUAACAUUUUAUCAUAAUUUAUAAAUUGUAAGCUUGUCUUUAGUAUUUUGACCCGAAAAUGCCCUAUAUCCAUACUAGCUUUUAAGUUGGGAAGAUCGUUCAGUAAAACGCCAUUUACUUGAUGAAGAACGAAGCUGUCUCAAUCUUCUAUAUUAAUUAACUAAACAAUACAUUUUGCAAAAAAAUACCGAACUUCUUAUCGUUCCGCGGUAUCUGAUUUCAUUAUUGAGCCCCACUAUAACUGAAACAGUGAAACCUAUAAACUUUCUUAGGAAUUCCGUUGUAGAGUCUAGGCAUAGGAAUAGAAAGCCUAGUCGAAGAACUCCUUAAAUUGUAAUAAUUUAUCAUUGUGCUCGCAUUUUGAAAAGUGUCUCAGAAAGUGCCAUUCUGAGACAUUUUUGAAAAGUGUCUCAGGAUCCUUUGAAAAAUUGCCCCGUGGCAUGACCUUUAUAGAUUCGCUAUUUGGGCCGAAAUUGCCGGUGUAAAUAUUUCGAGAUCUCUGUUAAUAUAUGGGUAUUGGGUUGUCUGUUAUAUAUGAAUAUUGUUCUAAUUCGUUUGAUUAAUGACAAUAUUUCACUUGAUUAGGCCAACAUUGGGUUUAAUUUGUCGUCAGAUAACAGGAAUUCUCUUGAAAUUGGUCUUUAAAGAAGCUUAAAGGAUUUUCUCCUUUUGUUCUAAAAGAUUUCAUUUCAGUUAAACUUAAUCCAAACUUCGUUGUUGUCUAUGAUUUGUCAAAGUGGGGGGUAAUGAGUUUCGUAUUAAAUUUGUGCACAAGUAAAUGAAGUUUAAAUAAUUUGAGACAUUGCUAAUUGCUUUCAUCAAAACUAAUGCCCUUUUUGUCGAAGUGCUAAAACGAUUUUAAUUUGAGGUUAUUGAGCUAAAUUAACGACUGAUCUCCAAUCUCGGCCUGGAUGGAGCAACCUUUAGAAUUCAUGGAAUUAAAUUUGAUAUCAACCUCUUGUAAGACUUGUGAUAAAUAACUGGGCGAUGCAGUGGUUCUUUUGCAUGACUGCGUUACAGAAGCGCUACUUUCGCAUCAAUCUCGUUCCCCGAGCCUGCGAUCCUCGGGAAGGAACGCGAGGCUCUGGGAUAAUCCGUUUCAGGGAGGAAUCUGAUUGGCCGUUGAAAUGGAUGCGUAGUUCAAUCUUAGCCAGAAUUCCUGGCUUCCGGCAAUGGAUUAUCCCAGAGCCUCGCGUUCCUUCCUGAGGAUCGCAGGCUCGGGGAACGAGAUUGCUUUCGCAUGUGACUCGAAAAUUGAUGGUGUUAUUUUUUAGUCUAAUUUGAAAGAUCAUUGAAAACUGUAGAGUAACUUCUUUGACAGAUGUUUGUUUUCUUGCUUCGUUUUGGGGAUACUUCAUUUUGUAUAAUGCAUGCAUAAUGAAUUACUUUAAAAUGUUAUAUAAUUUUGUCACUGUCAAAUAAUUUAGCUCAAAAAGAAUGAUGAGCACGAGUUUUGUCCACAACAACACCCAAUCAUGUAGGUUUUCUACUGAUUUUGUUUAGUCGUAGUAUAGAUACACAGAUUUUAGGGCUAAUCAUUAUGCAUAUGUGACGUCGGAAGCUGGUCCUUUGCAUAUCAUACAAAAUGAAAUAUCUCCAAAACGAAACAAGAAAGCAAAAAUCUAUAUCAAAGAAGUUACCCUACAGUUUUCAAUUAUCUUUCAAAUUAGACUAAAAAAUAACACCGUCAUUUUUCGAGUCGUAUGCCCUUUAACGGGAUUUCAUCAAUUUUGUUUUAGAAUCGCUGGCAAUGCUUCGUAUGUGAUAGGUUCGCUUGCUGAGACUGCUUUGGGAUGCAGUAGAAUAGUCCGUAUAUGUACUGCAUCUUCGGAAGAGGAGAGCAGCGAAGUCCUCAAGAGUUUGACAUCGUUGUUAGAUGUUGCAAAUACAGAUUUAGAAACUGUUCUCAAUGCUGCUGGAACACUGGGCACUCUGGUGAGUUACAAAGUUAGUACAAUUACCUCCCAGUGACCUCUAUAAAUACUGGAGUCAGUGGCGUAGCCAGGGUUUACAAAAUGGGGGGACAAGUUGAGCGCCGAAAUUUUUGAAAUUCAGAGCCUAUGAAACGCCAUUCGUGCAUUUUGGGAUGAGAUUUUACAAAAUUCAGAAGAUUACAACAUAUAAUGCACAAAAAAUAGUACAUUUUAAGACUUUGAACUAUUUAAUUUUAAAGUGAGGUUUUGCAGGAUUCAGAAGAUUACAACAUAUAUAAUACACGAAAAAUAAUACAUUUUACGACUUUGAACUGUGCAAUGUUCCUAAUGUCUUUUCCUAGAACUGUCUCAAUCUAUUUAGAAUGGCAGCUUUCUGAUUUUAGCUAAAAAUCGGAUCAGUGUUACCCCCACUCCAGUUUCUCAACGGAUUUAAUUAAACAUAUUUCGAAGGGGGUUUGAAGGAUAAUGGGGGACUCGUCCCUUAUGAGAAAAGUGGAGCCAAGAUCACAGAGUUCUUACAUACAGAGGUUUCACCUCGCGUAAGGGAUUCUUCAGUCCGCUAUGUUCUCAGCAAGUGCUCUAAAGAGAGGUCGUCACCCCCCUGAAAACAUAUUGAAAUUUAAUAUUCCAGGGGGGUGAAUGUAUCUCUUUAGAGCACUUUCUAAGACCAUGGACGCAGUAGACGCCAAAAAGGUUGUCGUUUGCAAACCUUAAACUCUACUGAAUCUUAAGGUUUGCAAAGGACAACCUUUUUGAAUUACUGUUUUGACCAGUAUUAAUGUCGAUGCAUAGUUGAGCUAUCUGACUUAAUUGAUAAAAUGAUAACAUUGUUACAACUUGUUCAGGGACAAGCUGCUACAAACCUUUCGCGAACGCAUCUCGGCAUCUUGUUGACAAGUUGUGAGAUUUUUAUGCGUGUAGUACAAUACAAUACAAUAAAGGUUUAUUCACAAUGAAACUGAAGCAUGCAAUUACAGUGACAGAGGAAAAGGAAAGUUUGAGGUUAUCCCUAUAUUAAACUUCCUUAAAUAAAAUAAUUGUUAAAAAUUACUAAUUAAAAUUACAAUUACAAAUAUAUGAAUAAAUUAGAUCUUUAAAUAGUCCUUCAGGGCUUUUUUGAACGCUGAAAAGUUAUUAGCCUCUAAAACGUAUUUUGGCAAAGCGUUCCACAAGCCGAUAGUCCUUACAAAAAAGGAGUAUUUGUAACAAUUCACUCUACUUGCCUUAACACAUAGUUUAUACGCGUGAUUUGCUCCAGUUGACUUUACUCGAGACCAUUCGAAAAAGUCCGAGAAGUUUAGCUUGCAUAGCCCAAAGACAAUUUUGUAGCAUACAAGUAAUGAUAAAUAAUCCCUCCGUAAGGAAAGUGUUGUCCACCCCAGGAUCUGGCAUCUUUCUUCGUACGACAUUUCACCUCUCUUUUGACGCAAAGCAAGCCUGGAUGCUCGUCUUUGUACUUUCUCAAUUGCAUGAAUGUCCUUAACAAGAUAUGGAUAUAGUAUACCGGGUGUCCCAAAAAAAUCUAGUUAUACUUGUUAAAUAAUAAAUUUUUUUGGUUGUAUAUCUCGCACAAUAUUGCAUGUAAAUUCUGUUGUUAUAUAUCAAGUUCUUAGUCAGUCUUUUCUGAAUGAAUGAUCUUUAUUUCAUUGCGAUAACUGUUACACCUUUUACGUUACAUGUCCUUUUACGUUACGUAUCCAGUUUUUUGGGGGGCAUCCAGUUGUUCUCGUACAAGAAACGGAUUCUAUCUAUUCGAGCAAAGGACUGUUUGCGUAUCGAUAUACUAUGUUUCGAACAAUGUUUUUAGGCUGAAAAUGAAGAUGGCAGAUUAUGGUUGUUACGUCAAGCUGAGUUAAAUGAAACAAUUGAUAGAAUAACGACACUGUUGUCUUAUGAAGAUAAUUGGGUUGCAAGUAAUGCUGCUCUUGUCCUCGCAAGGUACAGUUUCACAUAUUAAUAAUAAUAAUAAGACUGGUAGAGAUGCCUCAGAGUGAUAAAACGUGACAAGGCAACAGAUUUACUAACACUAACCCUAUUCCAAACACAAACUCUAACCCUGAUCCUAAACCUAACCUAACCCUUCCAAGUUUGUUUCUAAACAAAUCUUGAAGAAAAUAUUUUUGCCCAAAUGUCAUUCUGAGGUCAGCGAAAUAGUUUCUUCCUUUAUUUAAUGAGGCUAAAGUACAUUACUGGUUUGAAUUUCCAGUGGUUUUAUUUUCAUUGUGGGCCUCCUAUCUCUGAUGAAUAAGUACAAGUUGGAAUAAAUCUAUCUAUACUAAUAUGUGACGUCUAUACUAAAAUGCUCUAGUUUAGCGUUCUGCAAUAAACGCUCUUGAUUAGUUGCGACAAUGCUGUUCCAGCAAUUUGUCAACAGGAUGAUUCCUCAACAGGCUUGUAGCAAGCUUGUUAACAAGUUGUGACAAUACUGUUCCAACAACUUGUCAACAAGAUGUCACCUCAACAGACUUGUCAAAGCAAGCUUGUUAACAAGUUCCAACAACUUGUCUGUCAACUACACACGUAAAAAUCUCACAUCUUGUAACAAGUCUGCCAACAAGGCGUCAACAAGAUGUAUUCGCACUGCUUGUCACAAGUUGUCAACAGGUUUGGAACAACUUGUUGACAACUUGUAACAACCUUGUCGAAAUUAUCAGACUUGUUGCAAGGUUGUUCUGACAAGUCCGUUACAUGCUUGAUAUAACAAGAUUGUUACAACCUUGUGUUGACAACCUCGUAACAUCCUUGUUAUAUCAUGGCUGUAACAAACUUGUUAGCACAGUCUUGUAACAAGGCUGAUAAUGCCAUCAAGAUUGUUACAAGUUGUUAACAGCUUGUUUCAAACUUGUUACAACAAACUGGGAACAAGCAAUGCGAACACAACUUGUUGACAGCUUGUGAACAGACUUGUGACAGCUUGUUUGCAGACUUGUUACAACUUGUGCGUUUUUACGUGUGUAGAUGUCUCCUCAACGUACAGGCUUCUAGCAAGCUUGUUAACAAGUUGUGACAAUGCUGUUCCAACAACUUGUUAACAAGAUGCGUUUGGAAUAGGUUUGUAGCAAGCUUGUUAACAAGUUGUGACACUGCUGUUCCAACAACUUGUCAACAAUAUGUGUUCGCAACAGGUUUGUAACAAGCUUGUUAGCAAGUUGUGACAGUGCCGUUCCAACAACUUGUCAACAAGAUGUGUUUGCAAUGAGUUUUUAGCAAACUUGUUAACAAGUUGUGACAACGCUGUUCCAACAACUUGUCAACAAGAUGUCUCCUGAACAGGCUUGUAGCAAGCUUAUUAACAGGUUGUGACAACGCUGUUCCAACAACUUGUCAACAAGAUGUCACCUCAACAGGUUUGUAGCAAGCUUGGUAACAAGUUGUGACAAUGUUGUUCCAACAACUUGUCAACAAGUCAGCAAACUUAUGGCAAGAUGUGUAAUGGUUGUGCCGGUAUAGACUGCGCUCCCUCAACAAAAAUUGAAUCUACGACUGGUUACAUCAUCUACAGUGUCUUUGAACUUUCUUUGUUAGGUUAACAAUAUCUGAAGAAGGUUGUGCCCGAGUUCUCAAUCAUCCUCAUUCUACAGACAUCUUAACCCAGCUGAUCAAGUCACUCCGUAUUGAUAAUGAUGGUAAUGAAUUGGUAGCUUGUUCAACUUGGCUAGCUUUACUUCCAGAGAACACAUACUGUAAAUGCGUUAGACAUUAGUGGACCAGCAGGCGUCCCAUUGCAAUACCGCGAUACUUCCAAAAUGGUACGAGGGGCUUUGAUGGACGUGCAAUCGUCAGAACAAGCGCCUUUCUCUGCGGACUCGCUCUUGACACUCAAGUGAAAAGAGUUUGUCAAUGCUCCACCGACGUGGGUCUUCUUUGGGUGUUUCAUCCCACCGGGAAUGUUGAUUGAUAUAAUUUAAUUUGCAGUCGGUGGUAUACCCUCUAGUUAAUAUGGUAUUCUUUUUAAAUUGUUUGUCUAGGUGCUGGAAUGAAUGCUGCAUUUGCCAUAGGGCGCCUGUGCGAUUUACAAACGGGACGUGUGCGACUACUCAAUCACAAAAACUCCGGCCAAAUGGUAAGGACGUUGUAAUCUUUAAAAUAUGAGCGGCAGUGUUGUAUUUUUAUUUAACCACAAUGCUGUGUAAUUAGUAUGAAAUAAACGAUCAUUUUAUCAUCAUUAUUUUUCAGCUUGAAAGUUUACUGAAAAUGUUACAAAGUGAUGAUAUCGCUUGCCAGAAGAACGCCUGUUUCGCCAUCAGUUGCCUAGCGACCAAUACCCUGGGUCAUUCUAGGAUACUGAAUAACGACCACAGCAACUGUUUGUUUUCUUCAAUGCCAAAAAUGUUGACAUCAAGUGACGAGGAAUCUGUCUGGUUCGCUGCCAUGUAAGUAGUGGCAUGGCUGUAGAAAGUAGGAAGUUAUGGAGCGACGCUACUUCCAUAGUCUAAAGGUCUAACUCCAAACCAAAAUAUACACUUGAGUAACUUCUGAAUUCAAAACUAAUUGAGUCGAAAUAUGAAUUGUGGAGUUACUGGCUAACUCCAAAAAUCACUUGGAGCUAGGUAUAACUCCUAAAAUCAUAUAGGAGCUAGCUAUCUAAGCCCGGAGUUACUGGCUAACUCCAAAAAUCAUUUGGAGGUGGAUGUAUCUAAAAAAAACACAUGAAAAAAUUGGUGUAUAAGCCUUGAAGUUACGGGCUAACUGCCUAACUGCAAAGAGUAUGUGUAUCAAGGCGAGCCAGCCUAGCCACUAGGUAUGUAAGCCUGAAGUUACUUGCUGUGUUGCUAACUCCAAAAAUCAUUGUGAGCUAGUUAUCUAGCGGCACACUUGGUAUUUUGUUCUCGUUCAGAGGCUAAAUUUUGAUCUGCAGUUACGACGCAACCCAUUCUCGUACCCCGCGACCCUUGUCAUGCUCUGUUGACCGCGUGUAAGACGGGCUCUGGGUACGAGAAUGUGGCAUAGCCUAGCUCUAUUUGAGGAUUGGCUACCUCCACAGCAAUAAAAUCUAGAGGUAUGAGUGGUGGACGUGAACAAAUUUAUCCGUUUUUCCAUUCCUUACCGGUCCAGUGUUGCUAUAGACAGGAACUAGAAUCUAGAAUACUUGAAGAGCACCUGUGGUGUUUGGUAGAGUUAAAUUUGAAACGUUCUCCGAAGCAAAUGAGGUGCAAUCAUAAUCGAUCACCAAUUACCCUCCGCCUUUGGCCAUCAAUUAAGUUUGCAGAAAUUCCCAUACGUCCCUGAAACGCAUUAUUGUUUUCAAUAUAGGACAGUUCAUACAUUCGCUUGUCAAAAGCAAGGUAUUUUGGAGUUACGAAGGGACCCUGAAAUUGUUUCAGCACUAUUGGUUAGUAAAGAAUUUCAAAAUUAUAUUUCAGUAAAAAGGGAAUGAAAGUAAAAUAUACUUGAUAUUAUAGUGAAAAGUUUGGGUUAUCGACUAUUAAACACAGUAUGGUCAUCAGGGUUGGAAAAGGUAUCAACUACCAAACCAUUUGAUCCCAGAACAUUUUAAGUUCCCACCUGUAGUAGGGUUUCCAAUAGAAGACGGCACACGGAUUAUUUUCGCCGUCUACAGCGUGGUUUAUCGCCGGUUAUUUUUCAAAAUUAUAUUACAAAAUUUUCUCUCCUUACCACAGAAAUGUCAAGGGAAGGGUUUUUAACUUUUAUGAGCUAAAUUUUACACGAUAUUCUUUGUUAAAUUUGGGUAAUAUAACGAAUCAAAUCUCCAGAAUCCAAAACAGCUGCCUAAAAUGGCUGGAAAAUGGCAUUGCAGCGGGUUUAAAUUUCAAAUUAGAUUCAAUUGAAGUACUUUCCUAGAAGAUUGGUACUUUCAGCACCAAUAGCCACCAGUAUGUCCUUUCAAAACCCUCCUACUGCAAAUUCUGUGAGAAAAUGAGAAAGUAAGUUAGAAUUUCCAUGAUCAGAAAUAAUGAUUAUAAGCGAUUAGUCAAACGAUUGGUUCGUUCUCAAACCACGCCUAAAGUAUACCUAUGGUGAUAUACUGCAAAUUAACUAUUGUACGAGUCGUUCGCAAUAAAACCCAACACUUUAGCGGCGUCUGCAACGCACGCUAGAUAAAUACCAAUCGCGGUUUAGUUUCGUUGUUAUAACUGGCCCAUACAUUCGAAUAUCCAAUAUCAAGUGGUACAAUGGUUAUAUGAAUGAGUUUGUGUAUUCAUAGAACUCGUAGUUAAUUUGUACUUAAUUACUUUGAAUAUUAUCAUUUCAGAAAGUUAGUGAACAAAGUGUCAGUGAAGACGCGAAAAAUGAAGUAAAUGCUGCUUUAGAGUUGCUUGAAAAAUUAACAAAACCCAAUGCACUUGAUGUACAAGGUAUAUGGCACUUAGUUUGCUAUAAUAUUCUGACCUUCUUGUAGCUGUGUCUGUAAGGGUGAAUACAGUUCCACAAUGCUUUCUUUGAACACUGGGGUUCCCCAAGGUUCUCUGUUAGGCCCUUUACUGUUCUUAGUUUUCAUUAAUAAUCUUCCUCUCGAAUCUGGUGAUGCACAACUUGAUAUCUAUGCGGACGAUACCACCGCUGAUUGGCACGAAACUUCCCAACUGUCGUAAACAAUGCAUAUGUCUACGGCAUUAGCAUUAAUUUAUAAUUACUAACUUUAUUUCUGAAAAUAAACUGUCGAUAAACAGCAUGAAGACCAAGUCAAUGUUAUUUAGUAGCAAGCAUCUGCGUGAAAAGUUGUCGUCUGAUGAUGAAGUGAAGAUCUCCCUGCCAGGAUCAAGUUCUCCCUAGAGAAUGUUAGUGCGCAUAAGCAAGAAGGAAUCAUCUUCAAUCAGGAUUUGACUUUCGAUGCCUAUGUGCGAUAUUUAAGAAAGAAACAAGGAGGAUAUAGGUCUACUGAAACGAAUAAAGAACUGUCUCCUCCUUGAGGAGAGACUUAGUUUCUACACAGCUACAAUUAAGCCUGUAGUGAUGUAUUGUAGUUCAGUUCGGACUUUAACUGCUCAAGCCAGUUUAGAUUCCGUUUUGAAGUUGCAGAAACAUGCUGCUAAGCCAAUUUUAGAUAAAGAAAGUCUGCCAGGUCAAUUCGUAUCUUAAUAAGCUUGGUUGGAUACCGUUUUAUGAAAACGUUUUUAGUGUUGCAUGAUCGCCAAAUAAGCGAGGUUGGUGGUUCACCUUUAAGUCUUUCACCACCACAAGCCCCAAAUUAGGUAAAAAGUAUCAUUAAUCAUAAAAAUCCAAGGGAGUGGUGCCGAAGUACAGUUAGUUAGUCGUGCACCCUAACCCGCUUACCCCAGAAAACCGGCUAAUAAAGGGUAACUAAUCAAAUUUCUUACUAAUUUCUUUUUAGUGCAAAGUGCCUACGUGAUUUCUGUGAAAUGGAAUAAAAUAUUUCCUAAGAGUGGUUUGGAAGUUUGGUAUGAACUGUACAGAGGUAGGGUUAAUAUUGAGAAAGUUCAUUUUUAUUCGCAUUAA